UUGCGCCUCACCCGCCCCCUAAGCGUGACUGAAGUGACCAGCAAGCUCAACUCCACACUCUCGUACCUGUAGCUAGUUAGCUCCCUCCCGUAGCGCUAAACGAAGCCGAACGAAAGAAACGACGUUCCAUUCUCACAGAGACCACCCAAUAAUCCUGUCUCGGCAGUUUGCGUGCAAAAUAGCCCAGCUUGGAUGCCAGUGAGCAGCCGUUGACAGUACCAUCUCCCCUCACCCUGGGCCGUGCCAGGAGUAGCCGCAGAACGAUGGCGACCUCGAAGCCGCAGCACGACGACGGUGAUAGUAAUCCAUGGAACGAAGACAAUGAUACCAGAGUACCCCACGAGGCUACAACCCACGGCCCCGCAGACAACGGCGACGGCAACGACAAUGGCGAAGCGUCUCCGCUGUUAGCUGCUACCGCCGACGAUGGACUUAUACGCGAUGGCGUGCACGUCUCACAGGCAUUUGACGAGCAGGAGACCAAGUCAGUGGGCUUCCUGAUCCUGCUAACGCUGGGCAUUGGAGGUCUGCAGCUUGCCUGGUCCGCCGAGCUGUCCAACGGGUCACCGUAUCUGUUGUCUCUCGGCCUAAGCAAGUCUCUCAUGGCGCUUGUAUGGAUCGCGGGACCGCUGACUGGCACGCUUGUGCAGCCGUAUAUUGGUAUACUGAGUGAUAACUGCCGUCUUCCAAUGGGCAAGCGGAAGCCGUUCAUGAUUGGUGGAUCCGUGGCGACAGUGGCCGGUCUGUUCUUCUUGUCCUGGACCAAGGAGAUUGUGGAAACGGUGCUGGGCAUCUUUGGCGCCGAUGCCGCCUCGCCAGGUGUCAAGACCACCGUCAUCGUGGUGGCUGUGAUUGGAAUCUACGUGCUAGAUGUGGCCAUCAAUACGGUGCAAGCGGCAGUGCGCGCAUUCAUUGUGGACUGCGGCCCUGCGCACCAGCAAGAGGCGGCUAACGCCAUGGCUAGCCGACUUACAGGCGUGGGCAAUAUCAUCGGCUUCAUUGCCGGCUAUGUACGCCUAACGGGGCCGCUGUGGUUCUUUGGCCGCACGCAGUUCCAGAUUCUCUGCGCCAUUGCUAGCAUUGCGCUCUCGGCCAGCAUCUUCCUCAGCUGCUGGUUCAUCCAGGAACGUGAUCCGCGCAAUUCGCCCAUCACCGGCACAAAUCCGAGCCUUGUGGCCUUUUUCCUGUCCAUUUUCAAGUCUAUUAAGCGGCUUCCUCCGCAGGUGAUGCGUGUCUGCCAAGUCCAAUUCUUUGGAUGGGUUGGCUUCUUCCCACUCCUCUUCUAUACAUCGUCUUAUAUUGGCGAGAUUUAUGUGCAGCCGUUUCUGCGCGAGAAUCCACACAUGUCACCCAAGGAGAUUGACGAGCUGUACGAGCAAGCCACACGAAUCGGCUCUUUUGCUUUGCUGGUCAAUGCCAUUGUCAGCCUGUUAACCAAUGUCCUCUUGCCGUUCUUCAUCGCCCCAACUUAUGACAAGGCACCAGUUGGGGGUCGGCCCGGACAGCGUAUGGAAGUGAAGUCGCCUGUGGAUCAUCUUCGAAUCCCAGGGUUUACGCUGAAACGUGCCUGGUUCUUCUCUCUCAUUCUCUUUUCUUUCACCAUGCUCUGUACACUAGUUGUUACGUCCGUACAAGGGGCUACCGUCUUGAUUGGUAUUGCUGGAAUUACUUGGGCGAUGACGCUAUGGGCUCCGUAUGCCAUUAUCAGCGCUGAAAUCAGCCGCCGUGACGCUCUUGAAAGAGCAAACAAGCUUCGCCGCGUACAUGCAGCCGACGGCAUGGACCUCGACCCUCUUGAUCCGGACGAGGAGCAAGACGCUGCGGGUGUCAUCAUGGGCAUACACAACAUGUCCAUUGCUGCGCCGCAAAUCAUAGCCAACGUAGGAUCUAGUAUCAUCUUUAAGAUUUGGCAGAAGCCACGCGGCACACCAGGCGACAAGAGUCUCGGCAUUGUCCUAGCUAUGGGCGGUCUAUUUGUCUUAGUCGCAGCAUCCUUUGUAACGCGUAUUCGUGAUGAUACAUCUGCACCGCCAGCGACCAAUACGACUCGAGACGAAGAGCAUUAAUAGCAAAAAGUACGAUUUCGGAUUAGCAUUAGCGUUUU